AGCACCUCAUUUCUUAUGAAAUGACAAUUUGUAAUUUGCGUGUGUUUCAUGACAGCCACGUCCAAAAUCAGUCGGUUGCUUCACUCACCUCAUCACACCAAACUUUGACGGCGCAGAUAGCAAACGAAACUCAUCGUCUUUCAACCCCAAAGCUUCAUUUGAUCAUCCAUCAUCGUGAUCGAGUAUACCUUCAUCUCACUGACUAGCAGUCACUUGAGAUAUUGAGACCAUACGUUUUCUGCUCAUUAAGACGCAGGCUGUUUGUCAACCUGAACCAAGACUUCAGUGUUGGAUUACUUGCCGAACACCCAGGACCAUGGUAUCUCUCAUCGCACACGCGCGCCAAUUGAACAACUGCUUACAAAUCGCCACAUCGAGAUAAGAAGAGACUUCUGAUUCGGCAGCCAACUUGAAUCCGUGGAGGCUCGAUGGUUACCCGGGCCAGAGAGGCCCACAUCACCGAGAGAUGGGCCCGCAUACGGAGCCGGUCGGUGCAUCUGUCUUUGCCCUUACCCCGGGUCAUCACAUGG